AUGAUAGCUAUCAAUCUGAUCAUCAGGUUUCCAACUUCAGGAAAUUGUUAUUCACUAAAAUUCAUGAAAGACAUAACGGUGUAUGACUUGUGCCAUGAAGUUCAAUCUAAAAUUAGAGAGGCUGCAUGUUUAAAUCCAUUGGAACAUGGAAUCUUUGUCCCGGAUCCAGAUCCUAAGCAUUCAUUUUGGCUAGAUAAUUCGCGAAUGCUCUCGUAUUACCACUUUUGUGAUAAUUUUGAAGUUCAGUAUCGCUCCAAGCUGCGUCUCCUGGUUAUUCAGACGAUGGAUGAAACGAGGAAGACACUACAAGUAGAUGACAGCAAAACUAUUGCAGAACUAAUGUUCACAAUUUGCGCGAAAAUGGGUAUUACCAACUAUGAAGAAUACUCUCUUAUCAGACCAGUUGAUGAGGAUGAGAAACUGCGUACACUAACUCUGAGAAAAGGUAGAGGAAGUAUCAGAAACUUGGACAAGCUAGAAAAGAUGAAGCAGAAGUUGCAUACAGAUAACGAGUUUAACUGGUUGGCACCUGGCAAGACACUUCGUCAACAUGGAGUCGAAGAACCAGAAAUUCUCCUCCUUCGGAGAAAGUAUUUUUUCUCUGAUCAAAAUGUGGACACACGGGAUCCUGUACAACUAAGCCUCCUUUAUGUGCAGCUAAAAGAAGCUAUACUGAAUGGCACACAUCCAAUAUCUCAGGACCAAGCUGUGAAUUUAGCUGCUUUACAAUGCCAGGCUGAAUAUGGCCCUAUGAUACCAGAAAAAAUCAAACGAAACCCUAUAGAUCUGAAAGAUCGCUUACCUAAAGAAUAUAUCAAAUCAAAGGGUAUUGAAAAGCGGAUAUUAGAACAAUAUCAAAAGUUGGGGAAUUACGAUGAAAGAGAAGCUAAACUGCGUUAUGUUCAGUUGUGCAGAUCUUUGCCAACCUAUGGUAUAACAUUCUUCCUUAUCAAAGAAAAAUUGAAAGGUCGUAACAAACUUGUACCACGUCUAUUUGGAGUCAGUAAAGAAAGUGUAAUGCGUGUAGAUGAGAAGACAAAAGAAAUCUUGGAAACGUGGUCAUUAACACGUAUACGUCGAUGGGCAGCUACAGCGAAUCUUUUUACUUUGGACUUUGGUCAGUAUAGUCCCGAUGGAAAUUACAUAAUGCAAACAACUGAAGGUGAACAAAUCGCCCAGCUGAUUUCUGGUUAUGUGGAUAUUAUUUUACGUAGACAACGUAGUCGUGAUAAUGGUCAAACUGAAGGAGAUGAAGAGAAUACAAUUAUUGAAGAGAAUAUUGCUCCUUCAAAAGCGAAUGUAAUUGCUAAUAUGAGUGCAACACUGCCUCGUGGACAUCGUGCUCAAGAAGCGAAUUUACCACACACUGGUUUAUUAAGAACUGCAAGUCAAAGAGAAGACUUUUCUGAAGGUCAUUUAGCGAUUGAGAGUCAUACAAUUUCACAUCAUAACUUGGCUGGUAAUAAUAUUGGAUCUGGAUUGAUUAUUAAUUCUAACGAUGAUACAGCACUAAGUGGAAAACGAGAAUUCCAGAUGAUUGAUCUUGGACAACCGAAACGAGCUUUAUUAUCACGUAUCGAUUAUGGUGUACGCACUCUUCAAGAAGCUUUUGAUGAUAUCAAUAAGCCUAUAUAUGCUGAUGAAGAAGCAUUACGUGGGGAUCAUAUAAAUACAAAACGUUGGCGUUUAGAAACAUUAGAACAAGCCCGUGCUGGUGUUCUCAGUCAUUUAGGUGCAAUGACAAUGGCCACUGGUCGUUUGAUAUCUGGAAUCCAAUCGCCUGACAGUCGUGGACGUGAUGAUCUAAACAGUCAUGGUGAAAUAGAUUAUGCUAAUAUGGAUGCUUCAAUGACAUCGAUUGGAAUCAAUGUACAAGGUCUAAUGCAUUGUGUACGUUUAUAUGAUCAACUUGAAACAGUCAAUGGAACUGGUGAUAAGACAAAUUUAAAACAAGCUGCACAAAGUUUAUCUGAUGCUUUUCUGGAAUUAAUGCGAACUACCUUCUCAGCUGUAUCAACUGACAAUUCAUCAGAUAAGUCGUCUGUGCUAACGCAUUCAACGAGUUCACUAUUUGAUUCAAAGACUGGUGGUCCGGAUCGUGCAGCUCUGUUAGAAGCUGCUAGUCGUGUUGGUGAUGCUAGCCGGCAGUUAUUACAGUUAAUUUCACCACCAUUACAACUAGAACAAGAAACUACAACAGGAUGGUCUUUGCCAUCAAAUUCAAAUGAUCCUGACUGUACGGAAGGUAAUGAAAUACCAUCCAAUAUAAAUAGUGCUUCAAUAAUUGAUUGGGAAGCAAGAGAUCGUUUGCUUACAUUGACGAAGUGUGUAGCAAACUCGAUGACAGUAUUAGUGAAAAAAGCUAAAAUGGGAGCAUUAGUUUUAGAUCAAGAAGUGAAUCAAUACUUGACUGCAAAUAAAUCAGAUCCAAAUGAUAUCGAAGUACAAGCAUUACGUAAUACUCAGUCAAAACUAGUUCAUGCAGCAACGAAAGCUGGUAAAACAGCAAGUCAGUUGGUUACUUGCGCUAAAGUUGUGGCAUGCACAAUGGAACAACCGGAAUCUCAACAACAACUCAUGCACACAAUUAAACAGGUUGGGAUGGCCGCAGAUGCAGUACCGUUGCCAGCGAAGGCUUUAAUUGAUCCACCGUCAUCUACCGGUGAGGCGACAACAUUAUUAAGAAAGGAUAAUGGAAUGUUUGAUAUGCAUUGUAAACUAGUGAAUGAUCUGGAGCAGGGUGUUUACGCCGUACAAAAUGAUUUAGACAAUCUUAUCGAUUGUCUUAUGUCAACUUCAAUUCAGGCUCAUCAGGAUCCUGUAAUAUUAAAUCUCUUAUCCGUUGGCAAUCAACUUCCUGGUAGUGUUGGUGAUGGUCUACUUCUUGUACGUAAGGCGAAUGCAUUAGCAUCAGCUGCAGAAUGUCUAGUGUCAGAUCUGCGCACAGAGGCAACAAAACAAGAAACAGUUUUAGGAUUACCGUCUAAUGAAAUUGCUGAACGAGCUGAUCUGUUGGAAAAAGAAAUUUAUCAUCUCCUAUUAGUUGCACAGGAAUGUGCUGAUGGUAAUGCACAGUCAUUAGAACAUCAGCAGAUAGUUAUAGCAGCAGCUGAACAGUUGGUUAACAUGGCGCAUGCAGUAGCUGCUCCAAUCAUUCGAUCACGUCUUACAAAAGGCUUAGAAUUCGCUACUCGACUGACUGCAAAUAAUGCUGGUCCAUUAGCAACAGUUGGCGGCGAAGUUGUACGUAUUUGUCAAAAUGAUACUUACCAGUUGGCUGCUGAUUUAGAACAACUACAAAAACGUGUUAUGCCUCAGGUGAAUUUAUCAUGUAAUAUAGCUCGUGUUCAACCAUAUGAUGUGAAAAAUCAGACCAACUUACUUGCUGCAUCACAAAAUUUAAUGAAGUGUUUAGAAGAUUUACUACGGUCAGCUGAUGCGGUUGCACCAACUAUACAAGACUAUGGUGUCCAAUCAGUGCUCACAGGUGUUACACGAAAUACUCAGGCUUGUUUAACUGAUCUUCGUUUGUGUUAUGCGAAUUCUGAAUCAGUCCUCAGUAACAAACCGCCUGAGUUACCAGAUCAGUUGUAUCAUAUGUUGAAUGCGGCAAAAUCACAGAAUGGAAUGAAUAAAUCAAAUUAUCAUGUGAGCGAUGUGGAAACAAAUGAGUUAGCGAAAAUCUCAGCAACUGUCGAACAGUUGAGAACAGAACUUUCCGAUGCAUCUUAUCAUUUACUUCCAAAUGAAACACUCGAUUCCAUUUGUGUCUUGUUAUGGUCUGCAAUUACGGAUUACAAUAAAGUAUUUACCCUACCAGAUGCUAAUGGAAAUUAUAUGGAAUCAUCGUGUAAUGAUUUGGAACAACUCUGGGAUAAACUACCACCACUAAUUGAACGUAUUAAACAAACAUGUGAUAAUGAUGGCAACGUGAAGAAGGUGAUACAGUCAAGGUUGAAUAUAGUACAGGAAUUGUUGUAUUAUCUUGGACCUGUACUGCGCGGCAUACGUAGUCUAGCUAGAUAUUUUAACAUUGUUGCCCAAUCGACUGCAGUUGAUUCUAAUUUAGCUCGUGUAAUCAAUGUUUCACAUGGUGUUGCAUCAAAGCGACAUAGCAGUAUAUCAGGUUGCUCAAAUGUCAUGGAUCACAACUUAAGCAUGUCCAAUGGAGAACAACAGACUCAAGUGACAGCAGAUGUAAUGCAUCAGAAUUUAAUGUCAAUUGCUGAAACGUGCCUUGUAGCCUCAAGUCAGUUUAUUACAUGGGCUUUUAAAAAUGAGUCACAAACUAUACCGGAUGAUGAACUACAAGAAGCCGCUGUCAUUGCUGACCAGUUGAACACCUCAAUUAAUGCAGUAUUGGGUUAUAUUCCUGGAGAAGUUUCAAUACGACGUUUAUUUGCUCUACUUCAAGAUGCUUGUAGAUUAGUAGAAGUGUCUGUUAACGAGGUAUCUGAAUCAGGCAAUGCUUAUCGAAAUCAUAUUGAUCAGAAUGAUAUACCAGAAUCACCACCAGCUAUUCCUAUGCGUUCAUCAAAUCUUCCAGUUGUGGAUAUUUAUGAACAAAUGAGUGAGGCAGCUAAACAACUUGCUCGUGCUUGUUUAAGUGCUAGCUACGAAAUUUCUGGACAAAUGAAACCAUCAAAAACUGAUUCUUUUGGUUCUCACAGUAAUCUAAUUUUAUUAGCCUGUGUAGCUGAUCGACUGACAAGUGCUUUAGCCGACGUCGUUCGUGCAGCUGGUUAUCGUAGUGCACAGAUACGUUCUAUUGGUCAUUUAUUAACUAAUUUUAAUCAAGCUGCUGAACCUGUUGCUUUCGGUUUACAACAAGCAAUGAGGACUUUAGAAUCUGGUCAAAAUGAAAUAACUGGUAGUAAUAAUGUCUCCGCAAUACCAUCAUCGAAUUUAGCUCUAGGAAAGGCAAUAUUAAAAUUAAGAGAUUGGGCACUUGAAUUAGAUCAAAAAGCUGUAUCGUGUAGAGAGCAAACACUUUCAUCUCCUAUUGACUCUCCUCAAACUGGCCAGCAACCAAAUGAAUUAGAUCAUAAUGACGACAAAAAUGAUAAUGAUAAAUUACGUGAAAUAUUUAUGCAUAUGCAUAAUCAGUGUGAUGUAUCACUUCGUCGAUUGGAUGCUAUCAUGAAUCCAAAUGUAUACAAUGAUGAUAGAGUAAAUAAUACUAGAAAGGCUGAACAGUCAUCUGAGGGCAAUAGCACAUUUUGUCCUAUCCUCUUACCAAUCAAUGAUUUGAAUUAUCCUCAGUGUUGUGAUAUGGUGUGUGAUAUAGAUAAGGAAUUCAAUGGGCAUUUAAAUGUGAUUCCAUCAUCCAUAUCUGAAAAUAAAGCUGCAUUAUUUAUACAAUGCAUUAAAGGUUUAGCACAAGUUGCCAAUCAGUUAGUACAAGUAACUUAUCAAGCUGCCUAUUUAAUUGCUGCAGCUCAUCCAGCUUCACGACCAGGUCAUGUGAGUCGAUUUCAUUCACCCGAUCAACUAACCACUAUACAUGAUCAUGUGGCGGCUAUCCGUAGAGGUGUCACUGAAAUAUCUCGAUCUCAUGUUGAAGCAACAACCGAUGGAUUACCAUCUUUAGAAGUUUUAAAUACUGCCAAUCACGUAGCCCAAAGAGCCACACAACUGUGCCAAACUACACGACCUUAUUUAUCAGAAAUUAGGAAUUUGUCUGACAAAAGACGUUUAGCUGAUUUGCUAGAGCAUGUUGCACGGUCUGCUGCUUCUGUAUUCAAUGUAAUUAAAGCAUCUCGAAGUACAAACCCAGUAUCUGGUACAACUGAUCUCAUCCCAAAGUUAUGCUCAGCUGCUUCUACAUUAGAGGCUGAUGUUGACCAGUAUAUAGAACUUUUGCUUCGAGAUGCUGCUGGAUCUCCUGCUCAUUUAGCUGAGGAAGCUUAUGAACUUCAGGCACCUGUACUAAAAUCUGGGCAAACUGUAGCCAAGUGUAUUGCUAAUCUGAUCGAGUUUAGUCGUCAACUGGUCGAUAAUCAUUGUAACAAUACACAAACAGAAGAAGUGAACAACAAUAGAACUGGUCUAUCUGGUUUUGAAGAAGGUAGACAUCACUUACAUGAAUCUUGUUUAAGUUUAUUAAGUCUUCUUCGACAAACUGUUCCAGGUUUAUGCACAUGCAAUGAAAUACAGAAAACUCUCAGUAGUUUACUUAGUGAUUUAGAUCAUGCAAUUGUAUCAUCUAACCAUCAAUUAAAACGAAGUAAUGUUUACCCGUCGAAUGUACAAUAUUUAGAAAAUUCGUUGAAGUUGAUUCAUACCAGUAUGGAACAGAUUGAACACUGGUCUAUGGAAACUGUGGAAAAUUGUAAAAGUGGUAACUGGGAAAUAAUGGCGCAUAAUUUACACUCAAUUAGUACAUAUUUACCUAAUUUUGUUAAGGAAUCAAUUCGUACAUGUGGCAGUUUAAUGCGACUCUCUGAUCAGACAAAUCUGAAUAGCCUCACACGAACUGUUCUAGAAGCCCUACAACAAUUGAUCGAUUGUCUAUCAAUCACUCUCAAAGCACGAUCCCAAUCCUUGCCAGUUUCCAAUUCUCACAAUUCAUUGAUUAGUUACAAUAAUCAGUUACAACAGGCCUGUAUAGAAUUGUCUAAACAAAUCGAUACAAUUGCUACAGAACAAGGUGGAUUGAAUUGGCACAUUACCUCUAUCACUUCAGCUUGCUCAAAGCUUGAUGAUUCAUUGCCGUUAUCAAAUGGAAUCGAAAAAUAUAACUCUGGUGGAAAUGUGGUUUCACUGCCAGCAAAUUUUGUUGAGUUGCAUACACGUCUAGGUCAUCAGUCACGUGAAUUAUCUGAUCUUACAGUAAGAAUUACUGAAGUUUAUGCAACAAAUCAAGGACAAUAUUGUUCAGAGGUUAUAUCCACUUUCGUUCAACAAUUUAUUCAAAUGGCUGAAACUGUGCAAAAUAUGUCUACCAUAUUAAAAAUGCACCCACAAAUCGAUACUGGGCCUGCUUUAGCUCAAAAACUUUGUCAAACAACUCAGGCUAUCGGUGCAGCAUGUUCAGACUUUCUUCGUGCUCCACUACAUGCAGAAAGAGUGAAUAAUCUCUCUCACCGAUUGAAUGAUCUUAAAGCUGUACUACAAUCAUGUGCUCGAGGUGCUGAUGCUUGUGCAACUGCUAUUACCAAUUUAAAUCGUCUUGUAGCUGAUUUGGAUACAGCUGCUUUGUUUGCACGAGCUGGUACUGCACACGAGUCAAACAAGCUACCUUCUUCACCUUUAUCUGGUAAAGGUUCGAUUGUAUUUAAGCAAAGAGCUUUCCAAACUGCUCAAGAAGCAGUUAUGCAAGCAGAAAAAGGAAUUGUGGAAGACAUGCAAACUCUAAUCAAAACGACAUCAACUGAUCAGGAUGCCUUAGCUAUAUCUGCACAGAAUUGUUUAAUUCGAGCUACUGAAUUAACUGAGGCAGCUAAAAAUGCAGCUUCUUGUGCAGCUGGACUCUUAUCGUCUACUCCAGACUUGUCUGUUGAAGGUCAAGUUCAACUUUUAACAUCCACUCGUGAUGUUAUAGCAGGUUUAGUUCGACUACUUAAUCAUGGGAAAGCAGUUUCUGCAGCUUGUUAUGCUAUUGAAUUUUGGAAUGAUCAAACAGACGGUACUUUAGGAACAAUUAUGAAAACUAAACAGAAAGCUUUAAAUGAUACUGCUAUUCAAGUGAUUGAGAUGAUCGCUAAUCUAUCACGUGCUCUGCGUUCUGUUAGCGAAUUAUUUACCAGUAUUAAAUCACAAUCUGUCAGUGAUAAUCCUGUGCCUUCUCCUGUCCCACCUGCAGUCCCAUUGAAAAAAGUCAGUCUUAAGGUUCCUGUACAGAAAACUAUCAUUUCGGAUAAAACUGACGCUACAAAAACAAAUGUUCAUGCCGGCUUGGAAUCAACAAUUUCAGUACUGGGAACUCUGAGUGAACGACUAAAUAAAUGGACUGUUAAAGAUGGGAUACUAAAUGCACCAGAUUUCGAUGAUGAUUUGGAGUUUGAAAGACAAACCGCUCUGCGUCAGACAAUCAAUCCAUCCUAUUUAGUCUGUGCUGCUAGAGGUAUUACACAAGCUGCAACCAAUGCCAAUAAUGCUACAGGUUCAGGUAAAUCAUCUGAAAUUAGCAUGGCUGGAGAUAUGAUACGUCGUGCAGCUGAAGAACUGGCACGUUGUCUGCACUCUGUUCUUAAAACUUCAUUAUCAUCAGGAGCGAAAUCGGGAUAUGGAAAAGAAAUUAAUGAUCUGAAUCAUCAAAAUUCACUAUCUAAUGGUGAGUCAGGUAGUGAAAGUGCAUCAGAUGAUUACAGUGAAUCGAUUUAUUAUCCUAAUUUAGAGAAGAUAUGUCAACGAGCGAUUAAUGGAGGAGCUGGAACCAUGUCGGAACUUAAGCAGUUGGUAGAACAUAUGAAUAAAGCUCUUGACUCAGGUCCUGGAAGUCCAGACAGCGUACAAGUUACUCUGGCUAUGAGACGUUUGCGAGAAACUGUUUUUGAGAUUGUCGACUGUUCUAUGUCACUGCCGGGUGCUAAACAAGAUGAUAUUGUUGACUUCAAGCCAACUGUCUCUCCCAAACCAUUUCCAAUUGUAAUUGAUAAUAAAGUAACAAGUUUUUUUGAAGGCUCUUCUAAUAGAAGAUCAGUAUAUGGUAGUUCAAUUGAUAUUGAAAAAAGUAUUGCUGAAGCAAAUGCAACAGCUGUAGAUAUGGAUCACUCAAUAACAUCAUCAUCACUAUCGUCAACAUCUGGUGUGCAGAAUGCUCUACAGGAUUUCGCUGGAGAAAUUGAACGAAGUGUUGAACGCAUCGGUUUACUGCACUCAAAGCAUUCCUUCAAGAAUUCAUUAAACUCACGGAAACUUGAUGAUUCACAAAUGGACCAGUCAAGAGAUUCGGUUACUCAAGUAUCCAAGUUUUCAAGUACUUCGGUUUCGACAAAUACUCUUGUCCCUAGUAUUGAUAGUUAUGCUGGAAGUGAUGGAGAAAUCGACACAGAGUUCACAGAUGGUAUGGAUGCAGUUAUUAUAGCCUGUCGAGAUGUGGUUCAUGCAACUCUAAGUCUUAUGUACUGGGCUGCUGCUGCUCAACGUGAACUCGUUCAACAAGGUCGAUUGAAACCAGUCGACUUAACACAAACAGGUGAAAUGGAAUCAGAAUCGCAAUGGGCACAAGGUUUAAUAUCAGCGGCAAGAUAUGUAGCUGUUGGUGCGAAUCACUUAGUUGAAUCAGCUCAAGCAUUUGUUACAAUGCAUGUUGGUAGUAAUUCGCAACAUAUAGAAUCUGAUGAAAUGUCUUUAAAACCGGAAAGUCUAAUAUCUGCUGCACAAACAACAGCUGGUUAUACUGCCCAACUGAUUAUUGCUUGUAUAGCUAAAGCUGAUCCCAAUUCACACAGCUGUUCAGGUUUACGUACUGCUGGUGGGUCUGUUAAACAUGCCGCUGAUCGUUUAGUACGUAUUGUACAGAUGGUGGUGUCUAAAAGUAGACCGACAUCAGUAGUGACAACAGCAGGAGGAGACAAAGAACAAUCUGAAGCAUCAGGAACAUCAUUCGAUAAUUUUGGUGGUCGAGUUGUUUCAUCGAUGAGACAAGUGAUCGAGACUAAAUCAAGUAUUGCUGCUAAACAACGGGAAUUGGAAAAUUUACACGCUCAACUGAAACAUAUUCAUCAAGAUCAAUACAGAUCACAUGUCCAUUCAACAAAUAAUCAAAAUUAA